GUGAUAGCUCAUCAUAUAUUCGAGUCUAUGGUCUGCGUUAUCUUAUCUUGAUCUCGCUACUGCAAGAAAAAAUACAGGUUCAUUAUUGUCUUUCAAGUAAUUAAAGUGAACUAGAGUCGACGGCGUUCCCCAGAGCCUUUCUCUUCAUCCUGCUCCACGUCAAGAAGACACCAGACUAGCUCAGUUACCAUUGGUAAUUAAUUUCUGAUUCACUGUCAGUAAAUCGGAACAAUCAGCAGAUCUUAUUACCAUGUAAGCAGAUUUUUUAUUUUCUCUGCAAGUUCAUGCAAUGAGUGAAAUUCACGACAAUGUGUGAAAAGGAAGACCGGAUUUUUUAGCUCCAUACGACAGAUCUGAUCAGAGCCUCUCGUCAGUUCAAGUUGAUGGCUUCUUCUUCCAACAUUCCAGAACUAAAGUAUGAUGUUUUCCUUAGUUUUAGAGGCGAGGACACCCGGAAUAAUUUUACAAGCCAUCUUGAAGCAGCUUUCCGUCGUGCAAGCAUUAAAACUUUCAUCGAUGACAAACUCGGCAGAGGAGAAGAAAUUUCACCAUCUCUAUUGGAGGCAAUUGAACAGUCAAAGAUUUCUGUUAUCAUUUUGUCAGAAAAUUAUGCCUCUUCCAGAUGGUGUUUAGAAGAACUUGCAAAGAUCCUUGACUGCAAAAAAAGGUUUGGACAGAUGGUAAUACCAAUUUUCUAUCACGUUGAUCCAUCACAUGUAAGGAAUCAAACUGGAGCUUUUGGGGAUGCGUUUGCCGACCUCCAAAAGCGUUUUGAGGAGAGCUUAGAUGUGCUACAGAGAUGGAAGACUGCUUUGAAGGAAGUAGCUAAUCUCUCUGGAUGGACUGCAGAUAGCAAAAAGUGUGAAUCUGAAAUUAUAGAAGAAACUAUUAUGGAUAUAUUAAAGAGACUAAACAAAAUAUCUCCAAGUGAUCAUAGUGACUUAAUUGGAGUAGAAUCUGUCAUUAAAGAAAUUGAGUCAUUGUUGAAAAUUGGGUCCAAUGAUGUUUGUAUUGUGGGGAUCUGGGGCCUUGGAGGAAUAGGCAAGACAUCUAUUAGUCGUGCAAUAUUCAACAAAUAUUUGAGCUAUUUUGAAGGUUCUUUCUUCGUUGAAAAUGUUAGAGAAGAAUCAGAUAAUCACAGGAGACUAACUGUCUUGCAUUAAGAACUUCUUUUCAAAAUAUUAGAGGAUAAAUAUGUCAAUAUAAGACUCACCCUCACAA